ACAUACAAACUUCCGGUUUGGAAAGAAGCGUGAUACUGUCGCUUCUAAAGUAAAUAGUAAACAUGGAUCACAAGCGAAAGGCAAUGGACGGAGCUUUGGUACCUGUGAAAAGAGCACGGGGAAAUGAAGUUGUGUUAGCAGACGGCGAAACGAACGGUGCUUUACUGCAGAGUCAGAGUGGUCCACCUCGGACAUCUAGUCUUGAUGGACCAAUCAUGCUGCUUACAGGCCAUGAGGGAGAAAUAUUUACUGCCAAAUUCUCUCCAGACGGGCAGUUAAUUGCUUCAUCAGGGUUUGACCGUCUCAUAUAUUUUUGGACAGUAUAUGGAGAAUGUGAGAACUUUACAGUACUGAAAGGGCACACAGGAGCUGUGAUGGAUUUAGAAUUCUCCACAGAUGGAGGAAUGUUGUUCACUGUAUCAACUGACAAGACAGGUGCAGUGUGGGAUGUUGAUUCAGGAACACGAAUACGCAAGUUGAAAGGUCACCAGACGUUUGUAAAUUCAUGUAAUCCUGCGAGAAGGGGUCCACAGCUGGUGUGCACAGGAAGUGAUGAUGGAACAGUCAAAUUGUGGGAUGCCAGAAAGAAGGGUGUUAUACAGACAUUCCAGAACACAUACCAAGUAACAGCCGUCAGUUUCAACGAUACAGCAGAACAGAUCUUCUCUGGUGGGAUUGACAAUGACAUCAAGGUAUGGGACUUAAGAAAGAACGAUGUCCUGUAUCGAAUGAGAGGCCACUCUGACACCGUUACAGGGAUUGAAGUCAGCCCAGAUGGCUCCUAUCUCCUCUCUAAUGCCAUGGAUAAUACAUUGAGAGUGUGGGAUAUCCGACCCUUUGCACCCCAGGAACGAUGUGUAAAGAUAUUUCAAGGUCAUCAACAUACAUUUGAAAAGAAUCUGUUGCACUGUUCGUGGUCAGCAGAUGGCAGCAAGGUGACGGCAGGUUCUGGUGACCGCUUUGUCUACGUGUGGGACACGACAUCACGAAGGAUCUUAUACAAACUUCCUGGUCAUGCAGGCUCCGUCAAUGAAGUGGACUUCCACCCUCAUGAACCAAUAGUGCUCUCCUGUUCCAGUGAUAAGAAGAUGUUCCUCGGAGAAAUAGAGUGACCUCAUACCUACAGCAGAUGUGUAUUGACUCGGUGACAAAAAGAGAACUAUGACAGACGCAACAGUGUAUGUCUGAGUGCGUACUGGGUGCAUGUGCAUUGUGUACUUUGUCUGUGGGACAGCCUAAUGAACAGUAUAGUGUCACACUGAAGAAGAACAGUUUGCAAUGUUUAAAGGAAGUUAUAAUUUUGAAAACAAUGAAUUUUAUUUCCAAAAAAUCAAUUAAUCUUAAAUCUACAGCAGUUAUUGUGGGUAAUAAGGAUGGGACGGGACGGGUUUAGCUUUUGUGAAUGUGUGGCAGACAAGAGUGUUUGGGCUAAGAUUGCUUUGUGGAACAGGGUCCUUGACCUUCACACUGUAACCUAUGUAAGUCAAUGCUAGCGCUUCAGAGUUAUACCUGUCACAGCUCAUAGACUGUUAUUUUUGGACACAUGUAAGGUUUCUUUGAUCUGUGAAGUAUUUUCCAAUGAAAGACAUUUUCCCAGGUUAUUUCUUCUCAUUAUGUACUUACCACAGACUUCAGUAUGUCCUUGUACAGUAGGGUUACUUCCCCAGCAGUCCAAUGACGGUUGCCCAGUUCCACGCUGCAGACUAGGUACCUCUUUCAGGUCUCAAGAAUGAAUUGGAGGGUGCAUUCAUCAUUUUGUAAAUAAACUCAUUUCAUUGUAUGAUAAAAUAAAUAUUUACAAGAGA